ACACACCCACAUGCACACCAGAGAGAAGAAAGCAGGAAGAAAAUUGAUUCAACAAUGUCGAGGCUGUAAAGGUGUAUCAUCACGAGAUAGCGUUGACAACUAAAAGAUACACCGACAAUAAUCAUGGCGGAAGUCCCCGCACAUAAAGACAACCCGUCUUACAAGUGCCUGUUAUGCCUCAGUGAGUGCAAAAUACCCCGUCAGCUACCGUGCUUUCAUACAUUUUGUACAAGUUGUUUAGACACUUACAUCAACUCCGAAUACGUUAUAGAGGACAACAGGACAUAUUUUCCAUGUCCGGUGUGUGAAAGUCCUUGUUCCCCUAACGACAAGGAGGCUCCCGUUAACUCCUGGGCCGGGUCGUUUCCUUUACAUCCGAAUUUCGGAUCCUUGACUUGCAAGAAGACCGAAUCUAGUGGGACUUUCUGCCAUGGGUGUCUUACCGAUGGUGAAGAGAGUGUUGGCUCAUUCUGGUGUAGAGACUGCAAGGAGGUCCUGUGCAAGCAGUGUCGAGUGGCACACCGACGAAGCACGCUACUUUCCAAGCACAAAGUCAUUGCCAUAGAAGAGGUUACUAAGUCAGAUGUACAGUUGCCUGUCACCAUUGACGAAACAUGUCCUCAUCAUGCGGGGAAGACGAUCGAAGUAUAUUGUAUCGACCACAACGCCUUGUGUUGUGUUCUGUGUCUGACACUGUCACACAGAUCAUGCCAGAAUGUAAGCAGUCUAGAAGACUUGACAAAGAAGAUCACUCCAGGAUUCGUUGAAAGUGGGCUAGACAAAGUUAACAAUGAGUCAAGGAGGAUCGUCGAUGAGGACGAAAACAAACUAACCGCUCUCGAAACUGAUUAUCAGUCAAUGACCAAAGACAUGGCCACAAUGAUAAAGAAAGCGAAAGAUAAACUGGAUGAUCUUCAGGCUGAUUUCGAGACCGGCCUCGAACACACAUACAAACGUAAUAAGGACAUCUUAUUGGACCGAUUACGUACCAAUAAGAUGUUUCAAACAAAUGUGCAAAACACCAAUCAGUUGAUGUUGCUGAUGAAGGAAAGAGGAUCGGACUGUCAACAGUUUAUUACAGCGGAGCAAUCCAAGACACAGAUUCUUAGACAUGCACGGCGACUGCAGCAGAGGACCAAAGACAAACACAACACUUUCGAAAUAAAAAUCAAAUAUGACGAAACAUUAGAAAAGGUCACGAAUGUGAUGACACAUAUAGGAACGUUAGACGUGUCGUCUUCAUUAUCAUCAACCUCACUUGAUGCCCUCACGUCUAUCGGAACAAUUAUUGACACGCUACAGUCAACACCGUUCGUAACACCAUUUACCAAAUCCACAUCCUCUUCGGACAUAAAGGGUGCUGUAGGGAAGGUAGCAGUUCAGUCUUCGUCGGGAAAGCAGCAGUUCAUCAACCUCACUUGAUGCCCUCACGUCUAUCGGAACAAUUAUUGACACGCUACAGUCAACACCGUUCGUAACACCAUUUACCAAAUCCACAUCCUCUUCGGACAUAAAGGGUGCUGUAGGGAAGGUAGCAGUUCAGUCUUCGUCGGGAAAGCAGCGCGUAGACGUGUUGACCGGAUCGUUGUCUCUGAUCAAAUCUGUACAUAGAAGUGUCAUUGGUGGAUCAGAUAGUCCUUUUUUGACAGGAGGGGUAUUCAUAGACGGAGAAGGUCUACAUGUAACGGAGUUCAACAACCAGAGAAUUUUGGUGUUUGACGAUCAAUACAACUAUGUUCGGCACUAUGAUGUGGAUGGCUUCCCUUCUGAUAUCACAAAAGGGUUUGCACCUAAUGAGGUACUGAUAGCCCUAUUGAACGCACCAAUCCUCAGGUGCACAAUUCAGGGAGGUGUCCUUACCACGGUCGGUAGUAUUAGUAGUCCAGAAUUAUGGGGUGUGAAUACUCUGGGGGACCAACUACUGAUCGGGAAAGACGAUUCUGUACAGUUUAUAACAUCAAACGGGGUACAAAGGGAGUAUUUUAGUAAAAGUGGUGAAUUUACGUAUGUGUCUGUAUCUCCGGACGGAUUCUUUUCCCACAGGGACGGUGACGUCAUUGUGAGUCGAUCACGUGAUGGGACGGAAGUGUUUCGGCAUAUGUGCAAGGGAAUGAGAGAACCACGAGGAAUAACCGUUGACCAGGAUUGUAAUGUUUAUGUCUGUGGUAAGUUGUCAGGAGGGGUUCACCUGAUAUCUCCAGACGGUUCUAAAGAUACUCUCCUACUUUCGAAAAUGUCAGGAUUCACGGAGCCUUAUGCUAUAAUGCUUCAUCCAACAAGACAGGAGGUCAUUGUAACAUCAAGCCAGGAAAAGGUGGUUUUGGAAGUCUACAAGUUCUGUGGUCUAUGAUUGGCGGAGCUAGACAGAUAAUUUGAAUAUUUUCUAUUUAAUCAUAACUGCUUAAAUAUAUAAGAAGUAAAUACUAUAUAAAAUAAAAUGCUUUUAAACAUAUUAUAAGACUAAU